AUGCGGUCCUUUCUUCAAAAGGCCAUUGCCAACAAUGCGUCGACAGAUGACGCAAAAUCUAACGAAGGACGCAAGGUUCUCGGCAAUGGCACAGGCGGAUAUGCAGGCGUUACCGAGGCCGGUAUUGUUAUGAAGCGCGACAGCGGCGAUAGAAUACUUGGGAAUGGCCAGGAUCGAUGUGACAAAGAACCAGGCGGAUACUUCGAGAUUGGUGAUCUCGAAGUCUGGGUGACUUGGCAUGGUUGGUCUAGCCUGGCUGUCCGUGAUGGACGCUGGCGCCCUGGAUUUCACUUCGAAAUCCUCUUCGGCCUCUUCACUACAGUCAUCGAUUAUGGCACUAAUCGCAAGCUCUGGCGUGCUCGCGACAUACCAUGGGUUACCGCGGCCGAGUGGAUUUGGGUUGACACUCCAAACGACGUGCACAGUCUCUUUACGGAAGGGGUCAUCAAAGACAUGCGGGAGAUUUUCCGACGCGAGGUCAAGCGACUACAGAAUUUAGCCUCGGGGGAUUAUGAGGCGGAUAACCCCGUGGACCGCGAAACCCAGUAUCCUCUGCUCCUAGAUAGAGCCGGAGAACUUACUGCAAGGCACGUGCUUGGAGAACAUCUUACCUCAGAUCGCGGCUACAUUCUAUCAUGGGCUAUCUGCAUGCCUAAUGACAUUCAAGACUACGAGCGUGAUGUGUUGGGAGGGGAAACGAACAACCUUGUCCGGGGUCUCACUAGUGCUCAACAGGUGGUUGAUGCUUCUUAUGUGAUGCUUCGCAUUGUCGAGGCCGCCUAUGCUUAUGAGGACUUUGAUAUGGUGGACGCUGUUUUAGGAACCUGUGCCUAUUAUAUCUUGACUUGGCGUUAUAACACGUUCAAGCAAUUCAAACUCUACGAGGCAGUUAGCAUACGCGGCCGAGAAUUCAGUAACCCAGUUGAAGUCGCCGAGCUGGUAGCUUUGGUGGAAGAGCACUAUCCAAUGGCAAAACGGUCAGAUGGUGCAUACGGGGAGCUCUUUGACAGGGUUACUUCGACCAUCAAGACAUCCUAUUGCGGUUGCACCUGCGAUUCAAAGCCUCGAGGACAUGAUACGUGGACAAUGCUGAGACAAGCAUCGGAGGGAGGCGCUAGUGAUAUUCUGGAGGAACAGAUGCACAUUGAAUUUUCCCAUCUAAGCAUUGGGGCUAGUCAUGGAGACAUCCGCUGCGAGUGCGGGCUGGAUCUCCUAUCUUACGAGGGGUUUGUCAGGUUCUUCCAUCCCGAAACGGGGUUAGUAUCUCGCUUACACUAUAGAACAAGCACAUCAGAUGGAAAUCUUCUUGCCGAAUAA